UGUUUCGUCAUCUAUGGGUGGUCAGCUGGAAGUGGUCCAGCAGAGGCCUCAGGGCUCGGAGGAGUGUCUCUCUGCAUUGAACAAGAACCUCACGGGGCUCCUGGGGGGCUCAGUCGGUCGGGCAUCUGCCUUCGGCUCAGAUCAUGGUCUCAGGGAUUGAGCCCCCGCGUCGGGCUCCCUGCUCAGCGGGGAAUCUGCUUCUCCCUCUGCCUCUGCCCCUUCCCCCACUGCUUGCACAAGUUCUCUCUCCAAUAAAUAAAUAAAAUCUGAAAGAAAGAAAGAAAGAAAGAAAGAAAGAAAGAAAGAAAGAAAGAAAGAAAGAGAGAAAGAAAGAAAGAAGAAAGAGAACUUCUCCGGCUCCAGAGUGAUCCAGGUACAUCCUUGGAUUAUGUCAAUCUCAGCAGGAUUGCAGUCUUGCCGGGUAUCUGGAAGCAGACAGAACGCAUUGCAUUUUCCUUGGAAGGCAGCGGCUGGAAGAUUCUGCCAAUAUGGUGACUAAAGCUUUGAGGAGCUUUUCACACCGAGAGGUCAGAGUGGUACCUCAGGCAUUCAGUUAAAUAGUGACUUUUGUCAUCUGGAGUCCCUGAUACCGGUAACAUGCUGCUGCUAUUUUAAGAAAGAUUCCUCCACUUCCCCCUUUCACUUCAUGACUGCAGCGAGCCGUUCUCAGAAGCACCUUGCCGCGCUCACUGUGGGGUGCUGAGACCGGCCGCACCAGCUGCUGCCCCCCAGGACCCUGGAGCCCGCUCCCAUGCUCCUGUGGGCGUCUCUGCUGGUCCUCGCUCCAGUCCGUGGACAGCUUGCAGCUUUCCCCAAGCCCGUGAUUUCCCUCCAUCCUCCAUGGACCACUGUCUUCAAAGGAGAGGCCGUGACUCUGACUUGCAACGCGUCUCGCGUCCACGCAGCAGAGAACAUAAAAAGGUACUGGUGGUACCUUGGGACACAAACGCUACGUGAGAUCCCAGGAAACACCCUCAAGGCCCGUGUCUCUGGAACGUACAAGUGCCAGAUCCAGGGCUCGAGCCCAAGUGACGGCGUGAGCUUGAUCUUCUCUUCAGACUUGCUCAUCCUUCAGACUCCACACUCCGUGUUUGAAGGUGACACGCUCACUCUGAGAUGCCAGGUGAAGGGGAGAGAGAAACUGGCCGCUGUGAAAUACAGCUGGAAUGGGAACGUUAUCUCUACCUCUUGGAACAGCCAGGAUCUUUUGAUACCACGAGCAAGUUUGAACAACAGUGGCAACUACCAAUGCAUUGGAUUUCUGGAGGGAAAUCAUUACACAUAUAGAUCAAAUAACAGAAUUAUUAAAAUUCAAGAACUAUUUUCACGUCCUAAGCUGGAAGUCACACCGCCCCAGCCUACAGAGGGCGGCCCUGUAAACCUGAGCUGUCAGACAGAGCUGCGCCUCGAGCGGUCGGACACUCUGCUGUCCUUCAUCUUCUUCAGGGACCCCGGGGUCAUGCUGUCGAACUGGAGCAGGUCCCCAGAAGUCCAGCUCACAGCCAUCUGGAGAGAGGACUCGGGGUCGUAUUGGUGUGUGGUCGCAGCAGUGGUCCCCAGCAUCCGCAAACACAGCCUCCCGCUGCAGGUCCGCGUGCAGGGUGUCCCAGUGUCUGGAGCCCUCUUGGAGACCCAGCCCCAGGGGGGCCGGCUGCUGGCAGGGGAGCGUCUGGUCCUCGUCUGCUCCGUGGCUGAAGGCACAGGGGACACCACGUUCUCCUGGCACAGAGAGGACACGGGGGAGUGUCUGGGCAGCAAGCGUCAGCGCUCCCGGAGAGCAGAGCUGGAGGUCCUCGCUGUCGGGGGGAGCCACGCGGGCCGCUACUACUGCAUGGCGGACAACGGCCACGGCCUGGCCCGCAGCGCGGCCCUGAACGUCACUGUCACAGGCACUUGGAGGAACAGAGGUGGCCUCAUUGCUGCGGGAGCCACUGGGGGGCUACUCAGCUCUCUUCUCCUGGCCGUGAUCCUGUGGCUUUACCGCCGGCACCAGCGGAAGUCAGGAGAUGGUUUUCUGGGAAACACAGCCAGGUGCCAUACCGCAACAGGCCCGGGAGAGGCCGCCCGCGCCGGGUGCCCCGUCCCCGUGGAGCUGCCGCAGUUGUACGGGAAGCGGCAGGUGUACGGCAACGUGCCCCCCGCAGAGGGAGACUUGGUGUAUUCCGAGGUCCAGGUUACUCAGCUAGGACAAGAAGGGGCAGGUCGUGAUGCCCACAGUUCAACAAGGCCCUUUCCCUCCACAGCCAGCAGCUCCAGAACAUCUCUAGAAGACAAACAUGCCUCAGUUGUCUACUCUGCGGUGAAGACACAGCUCCCGCAGGACUCAGCUGGAGAGGUCAGGUCUCAGGAUGAAGAUGCCAUGGAAGGUUAUGAAAAUGUCCAAUUUGCAUGACUUGUCCCUGAUCCAAAGCCCCCAGCUCAGUGCUGUCCUUGGGGUUCCUGGACUGAACAGCUAGUUCCAGCCUACCAGUUCUUCUCGCCCACGUGCAUUCACAUCCGGGACCCCUAAUGCGCCUGCUCCGAAGUGGUGAUGGGGCGGCCACUGAGAUACUUGCUAAGUGACCAGAGUACACGGGUGAGACAAGACCCUGCGCACCUGCUCUGAGCCUAACCUGAUGUGUUCCCCAGGGUCUGAUUUAGGGGAAAGGAAGAAGGGGGGAGAAGUACUCCUGUUGGAAAACCAGAAGCACAGAUUUUGGCGAACUGGAAUUUGCACAUAGACAUGACUGAGUGACUCAGCUCUCCGCUCAAUGUUGUCUCCAACAACUGUCCCACUGGGGAUCAUCUGUAUCUGUUGGCUUGACUAUGAAAGGUGCCCACGUCCUUCCCACACGAUGCCCAGAGCCACCCCUCCUUCUUAUGCUGUUUAUGCUGUCGGGAUUCAGUUGCAGACUAAAGAAUCCACUGCAGUGGUUUAUAGAGAAAAGAGUGUCAGGUACUUUACACAGUCAUCUGAAGAGAAGCAAGCUCUAGGCUGAGCUUCGAAAAGCAAAAGGCAACUAGGUUAAUGUUAUUUCAAAGAUUUCUAACAUUAGAGAAAAGACAUUUAAAAAUUAAAUUAAAAAGUUAACUAACAGCCAUACAAAUCUAAAUUUGAGGUGGAAGCAUCAGCAUAAACUGCUUUUAAAAAAAAAAUUAGUUUCUAGGUCUGCCCACUAAAAAGGCCUAGAAAUGAUUAGCGAUCUGAGAGCAGCGAGCACCUUUCCACGGGUUGUAUUCUCCCAAUGCUAUUUCCCCACCAUCAAAUAGUUGAUGUGGGAAUAAAUAAUUCUUCCAAUAAACGAAGAAGGAAUGAAAGAAACAGAAAACCACUGUUUUGACUGGGUAGUUCAUGGGACACCUACUGAUUAGAUUAUCAUCAAAAACCAAACAGCCCAAUAUUAUGUGCCUCCUGAUGCAAGCAUCCAAUGCCACCUACAAAGUAUUCGCGCCCCAAAUAUCAAAACUGAAUCCAAUCAGGUUUCUAGACCCAGCCACCAGCCUGCAGGGAAUACGUGGAACUACAGCACAGCUCCACGAGCAGGCGCCACGGGACUGCAACCCACCAAAUCCGCACGGUGGAAACAUCACAGGACAAAUGACCCGGUUUCUUCAACAAACAAAUGGGGGAGGGAAGGGGGAUGGAGGGAGGGAAGGGGUAGGGAAAACCUACAAACUCAAUGAGACGUGACACACAUCAACCAAAGGGAUGGCCGGCCUUGUUUGGAUCCUGACUCAAACCAAGUUAAGAAAAAUACCACUUAGGAAAUUCUAACGGAAAUUUGUACACUAAUGUUAAGAAGUUAUUGCAUGUUUUGGAUAUAAGUGAUACUGUUAUAGUUAUGUUUUAUUUUAAAAAUAGAGUAUUCAUCUUUAAGAACUCAUGCUAAGGUAUUUGUGGGUUAAAUGAUACAAGCUUGUUUGAAGUGACCCAGCAGGCACAGGGUGGGUGUGAUGACAUGGGGUUGGCCGUGAUGACAUGGGGUUGGCCGUGUGUGCACCAUUUCCGAAGCUGGGUGACAGGUGCAUUGUGGGUGGAAGGGGGUUUUGCACUAGUCUCUGUUUUUGUAUGUUUUUAGUUUUCCAC